GUCUCGGUUCUGCAAUUGAUUUCUUAUAAUCACAUACACGUUCAUUCCGAAUUAUUUCCCACUUCCCCCCCCUUUUUUUUCUAUUUUCUCUAAGCCACUUUCUUUCCUAAUACCCUUGCAAUGGCUUCCCCUCGUCCUGCCUCCCCGCUGACAUCUGGUGCCGAGUCUGGCCCUGACUCCAAGUCUCCCUCUGGCCCCGUCGCCGCCGCGUCCGGUGCCGGUCGCCCUUCCUCGCCCACUCCUCCUGGUGGCCCCCGCGCGGCCAUGCGUCGCCGUGCCACGGCGGACCACAAGGAGUCGCUGCGCAAUGUUCGCCCGAGCUCGACCCGCGCCGCUGGCGCCGGUGGCUCCUCGGGCACCAUGCUCAAGCUGUACACUGACGAGAGCCCCGGCCUGCGGGUUGACCCGGUCGUUGUGCUGGUCCUCAGCUUGGGAUUCAUCUUCUCUGUCGUUGGACUGCACGUCAUCGCCAAGAUCACGCGCAAGUUCUCGUAAAUCCACUUGCUGGCUCCUUGAAGCUCCUGACAGCACUUCUACCACCCCUUCUAUCCGCUCCUAUACCCUUUGAUACCGCAUUAUCUUUGAAUCCCUACACCCUUACGACAAGCCUGGAAACAAGAUCCCGAACAGCCUCAUCCAGAUUUCCUGCCCCAUAAACCCAGGCAGCAGACCUCCCUCGAAGCCCUAUCUGCAGUAUAGGGCGUCUCUGCAUAGCUUAUUAUCGGCGUCUGAAAAUCAUGUCCUCUUCCUGCCUCACAGAGUAUGGCUAUUUCCGAUAGAUCACUAUCAGGCAAAUAUUUUUCUUUAUUUUUAAUCGUACGAUAGGCGGAAGCCGGACACUGCAUGUAUAAUAAAUAGCCCUUGAAUUGAUGAUUUCCGAAUUCAGAACAUCCCUCGCAGACCAGCGCUGAUAGAGUGAAGCUGCUAGAAAGGAACCGUGUAUCUACCUUGACUAGUAAUAUUCCGUACAGGCAGCGACACCUUAACCCUAGC